UGCAGUUAGGGCUUCGGUCCGCCUACCAGCCAGCACCCUGCCUGAGGCUGUAGUCCAGUAUGCUGGCUGUUACUGCCUUCGGUUAAAUGACCAGCAACGCCAAGCCAUGGACAGACUGGACUCUCUUUGCCCUCCAGCAGGCUACCCUCGGCAAUUUGUCCUCUUAUGCUUCCUGAUCCUGACAGCUACUUUUCUGAUGUAUCCUGUGCUCAAGCCCCUUAGCCUACAGCUCCAAGCAUCCGUCACCGGCAGCUACGUCUCUGGCACUCACUCCGUCGUCUUUGUCAACUGUCCCAACGAGCAAAUUGCCAGAGACAUUGCCAGGGCCAUACUGGAUAAGAAGCUGGCGGCCUCUGUGAACAUCUUGCCCAAGGCUUCUUCACUGUACUUUUGGCAGGGAGAAAUAGAAGAAACCACUGAGAUCUUGUUGUUAAUAAAGACAAAGACUUCUAAGAUCCCUGGGCUAUCCAGAUAUAUCAGGUUGGUUCAUCCUUUCGAAACCCCAGAGGUCUUCAGUCUUCCCAUGGACCAAGGAGAUGUGCACUAUUUGAAGUGGCUUGAGGAGGGCAUGAAGGAGAACUAAGGAGAUAAAACUUCUUGUACAGGCUGCUGGCUGUCUCGUCUUCAUCAACUGUGAUCUGGGGGGGAAGCAGGACUCCUUCUGCCUCCUAGCACAGAGGUUCUAACUAGCCCAUGCAUGCUGAAUGAAGGUCUGAGAAUUUCAAGGCUGGAAGGGAAGGCCAGGCCAGUCAGGCCUGCAAGAACCCAGUGGACCUUGUCUCUGAGUGCUGCAUGUUUAAAGGUUGUCAGAGGGUGGGAGGGUAAGGAUUGUUGUAUACAGGGACUGAGGGGAGGUGGCAGUCAGGUUGAAGUCUCUCAUCUUUAGGCAAUGUGCCUACUUCAAGCGUGUGGGGUGUAACUGGUCCCCUGCUUCUUAUGGGGAGGAAUGGAACCAAUGGUCUUGUUUACUCAGAUGUGUGUGAGAUAGAUACCUUCUUCUAGAAAAAACUGGCAAGUGCUCUAUUUAAUAGGAUGAAUUGUAGUGGCGGAAUUUCAGGGUUCAUUGGGAUUAUUUCUCCCAAUUAAUGAGGCUCUUUUUGCUCCUGAAUCUUGAGGAGGUGGGGCUGGGAAAGGCUUCUGGAGCAUGUGUGUGACUUGGGGGCAUAUUAGGGCUUCAACACAACCUCAUGGGUUAGGAGUUAGUUUUGAUUCUUUCCUAGCCUUAAUAUGACAGACAUCCAAAGGUCCUGGUACCUUGCUCAGUAGAGACAUAGGUUCUGAGUCCCAGGAACCUGCUAGGUUAGUAUCUUUCAGAUUUGCUGCACAGAGCAGCUGGUGUUGACAGAAGUACCCUUGAGUUGCCUUAGCUGCAUAAGGACAUGAGGCCUCCAUCUACUCCUACAAGUGCAGCUAUGCCUUUUUUUUAGAUGUCAGAAGUUUAUAACUCAUUGCUGUGAUUCUCUCCAUUUUAUGCAUUAUCAAGAAAAACUUAAACUGCCUGGAAUUCCAGAAAGAGGGUGGCAUGUUGAAUUAUGCACAGAAUAGCCAUGACUUCUUACACUGCAUCUAGGGUUCUAUACUCUCUGUUGAAGAGGGCAGAGAAGGCAGGAGAUGCUGAGGCCCAGGCAGUGAAAAGGAGGGAGAGUUGAUCCAAGACCCUUCCAUGAGUCUCACAAGGUAACUAUUUUGGGGAACCACAGGCACUUGGGGUCAAGAUCCAGACAGUUGUGGUAUCCUGGUUUCUUUAAGAGGGGAAGGUUUGUGAGUCAGAUAAUGCCAGGCCCUUGUUCUGAUAGCUGCUGUGCUUUUCCCACCUUACUGCAGGGAGUGGAAUACCGUGGUUUGAGUGAGAAUGUCUCCCAUAGGCUCCAAGUAUUUGGACAUUUUAUCCCCAGUUGGUGGUGCUGUUUUGGGGG